AUGAUUGUUCAGCGACCCCCAUAUUUAAUGGUUCCUGUCACUCUAAAUACUACAUGGUUUGAUAGUUAUGGUUUGCAAGCUUUGCAGGAUGUAAAUGCACUUCUUGUUUGUGGUCGUCGCUUUGUAGCUCCUCUUAUUCUUGGAAUUACAGCAUUUAUAGCUUUAGCAACUUCCCUUUCGCUUUCUGCUAUAGCCUUAUCUCAAGAAAUUCACACAGCAACUUUUACUGAUCAAUUAUCAAAAAAUGUAUCUAUGGCUUUACCUACACAAGAAAUUAUAGAUAGAAAACUAGACUCUAAGGUUAAUGCUUUAGAAGAAGCUGUUCCCAUGAUUGGUCAGGAACAGACAUCUUUUAAGAAACUUCUGCCUCAUUAUAGCCGAUGUCAAACUGUGGAAGAAGAAGCCAGUAUAAUGGAUCGGUCAAACACAGAUUUAGGAUUAUCCCUCUUUACCACAAACCGGCAUAGAAUAUUCUCCCAGAGAAGAUCUUGGCCAGUAUGGAUGGUGAUCCUUAUCUUUCUUGGAGUGACAGCAGUCUUGGGAGAAACUAUUGGUUUCCUUGUUCAUUUUCUGGCAGUGCGAAAUAUUUUCUAUUACCAACGUGAUUUUCAUAUUUUUGGAGUUACACACAAUGAUAGUUGUGAAAAUGGAGCUUCACAAGCCAGCACAGAUCUGAACAAAAAUAUAGAGACUAAGAUGUCUAAUGUUUUUCAAAAUUCUAGUAUAUAUAAAGAAUAUAUCAACUCUCAGGUCAUCAAACUUCUGUAAAACAUUUCUGUUGUUUCUUGUCCUGAUCCCAAUGGUUCAAGGGUACAGUUACAACUGACAUUCAAGUUUCCUCCAGCAAAAAGGCACAGCAUGAAGACUGAAAUUGAAGCUAUCUUACAUCAGAUAUUGAAAAACAACAUGGCAUCCUGGAAUGCAGUCCAUACUUCCUUUAGACUCAUUGAAAUCAGCAAGGCUAAUGUUGAAAUGCUUACCAACAACUGUUGUGGAAGACCAGCCAACAGUAUCAUGGCAGGCAACCAAAUUGUGAAUGGGAAGAAUGCCCUGGUGGGGGCAUGGCCAUGACAAGCCAGCAUGAAAUGGAAAGGCCAGCACUUCUGUGGGGCAUCUCUGAUCAGUAGCAGGUGUCUAUUAUCUGCAGCUCACUGCUUUGCUGAGAAAAAUAAUUCAGGAGAUUGGACUGUCAACUUUGGAACUAUAGUAAAUAAACCAUAUAUGACACAGAAAGUCCAAAACAUUAUUUUUCAUGAAAAUUACAGCAGGGCUGUGGUUUUUAAUGAUAUUGCCCUUGUACAGCUUGCUGAAGAAGUCUCUUUUACAAAGUAUGUUCGCAGGAUUUGUCUUCCUGAAACCAAAAUGAAGCUUCCGGAAAAUGCCAGUGUUGUAGUUACCGGAUGGGAACACUUUAUGAAUGGUCCUCUUCCAGCAAUACUUCAAGAAGCCUUUGGGAAGGUUAUCGACAACAAAGUUUGCAAUCAUCCACAUUCAUUAUCUGGUCUGGUUACCAACAAAAUGCUAUGUGCUGUGUUUAAGUCAGGAAAAGCUGAUGCCUGUCAGAAUGAUUCUGGUGGACUGCUAGCUUACCCUGACUCUAGAAAAGUCUGGCACCUUGUUGGAAUAGUAAGCUGGGGUGAUGGAUGUGCUAAAAGGAAUAAGCCAGGUGUUUAUACUCCAGUCACUGCUUAUCAUGAUUGGAUUACAUCCAAGACUGGGCUCUGA